UGGGGCAGCGGCCGCGGCGGCUCCCGCGCUCCCGGCAACCGGCGGCACCCGCGGGGCGGCGGACGGGGCCCGCGGCACGGUGUGGCACCCAUGGCAGGAGCCGUGCGCAUUGGGGACCAGCUCAUUCUGGAGGAGGACUACAAUGAAUCCUACGUUCCCAUGGAGCAGGAAAUCCGGGAUUUUGCACCAACGAUCGGGAUUGACCCCGACAAGGAGUCGGAGCUGCUGUGGCUGGCCAGGGAGUGCCUGGUGACCCCCCUGCCCCCCGAGUGGAAGGCCUGCCAGGCCAUUGCAGGGGGUGACGUCUAUUUCUUCAACUUUGAGAGCGGCCUCUCCACGUGGGAGCACCCCUGUGAUGAGCACUACAAGCAGCUGGUCAUCAGGGAGAGGGAGAAGCUGCUGGCACGGGGCAGCCUGAAGAAGGAAAAGAAGGAGAAAAAAGAGAAGAAGGACAAGAAGGAGAAGAAAGAGAAGAAGAAGAAGGACAAGAAGGAGAAGCAGCUCCUGAAGGAGCUCCCUCCCCCAGGCUCCCAGCUGGCCCCCAUCCAGCCUCCCCUGGGCAGCCUCUCUCCUCUCCGUGGCCUCACCCCGCCUUCCUCCAUCGCCCUCCGUGGGAGCCUGGACCUGGGCAGUGUGUUGGACUCCAGCCUCAGCCCCAAGGAAGGAACGCUGCCUGCAGAGAUCCCAAAGCCCUCCAGCCACACCAAGAACCUGCUGGAUUUGAUCUGUGAAGAGAAACGUCCCUUGAACGUGGCAGUGCCAGAGAAAUGGAGAGAGGAAGAUGAGGACAGUGACCAUGAGAGUUUCCCUGGGACCUCAAGGCUGUUAAAAAACGUGUACCUGGACGUUGAAGCCCUGGCAGGCAGCUUUGACUUUGAGGAGAACAGCAAGGAGGAGCAGGAGGAGCGUGGCAGCCCUCCAUCACCCCACGGGAGCCCUGAGGAGGAAGCUGCCAGCCUGGCAGAGGAAUCCUUAAAAUCGAGGCACCCUGAAGAAGCAGCAGAGUGUUGUUCCCUGGAUUCUGGAGCGGCGUGCCCCCCGUCUGCAGCUCAGCUCCUCUCUGGGGAGCCUGGCAGCAGCCUGAGUGCCCAGGCAGAGCUGCAGGAGCCUGCUGGGCACCAGGCAGAAGAUGCUCAGGUGGAAGGAGACGCCUCUGCAGCUGAGGAGCUGCCUCUGUCCGAGGGGGACAGGAGCUCAGCAGGGCUGGAGGUGCCCAGCUCUGCCGGGCAGCCCCGAGCUGCCCCUCUGCCUGUGGAGGGCACAGAGCAGCCAGCCAGCCUGGCUGCCACUGCUGACACCCUGUCCUGUGCAGAAAGGGCGCUGCAGGAAAAGAGGGAAGAGGCAGCAGCUGGUUCAGUGUCAGAGGACAGGCUGGAUGAUGGCAAACUUUCCAAGGCAUCCAGGGUCAGUGGCUGUGAGCAGGACCUGCCAGUGUCCAGGAGCUCUGACCAUGAGGUGCCUCAGCUGCUGGGCUUGGACGCCAAGAGCCAGCUGUGCCAGGAGGGUCUGGGUGUGGGGACGGUGCCCCCUGAUCUGGACAGCCCCAGGAGCAAGGAGCUGGGAGAAGAGGACAAAGACCAAAGCAAAGCCAGUGUGGAGAAGGAGCAAAGGAAAGGAGCAGAAGCUGCUGAGAGUGAGAGGGAUCCCAGUGCUGCUGAGACGCCCCUGGAGCCCUGGGGCUCAGAGAAUCCCCGUGGGGAGGAGCAGCAGGAGGGAGCCCUGGACAGCCUGGUGGAUCCCGAGGAGCUGCCUGGCUCACAGAACCUGGAACCUGAGAAGGACAUGGAGCAGUCCUUGAGCCAGCCUCCCGAUGAAUCCCUGGAGGAAAUCGUCAGGGAGGUGGAGACAGAGCUGGAGCAAGAGGAAAUACAUUUAUUUCCAGCAAAGGAGGAGAAAACCCAGCAAUUCCAGGAGGAGAUGAGGCAGGAGGAGGAGGAGGAGGAAGCUGAAAAGCUUCAUCAGCAAAAAGAAAAGCCCCUCAGCGCUCCAGAAGAAGAUUUAGCAAAGCCUGAGCAGGAAGAGCAAGAGCUGCUGCUCAGAGAGGAAAAAGCCCAGAGGCUGGAGGAGCUGCGAGCCCAAAUGGCCUCAGAGCUGGAGGCAGAGGAGCAGAGGAUGAGGGCCGAGCAGGAGGCCAGGCUGCAGCAGCUCAGGGACGAGUGGCAGUCCCAGCAGCUGCUGGAGCGGGAGAGGCUGCAGAGGCAGCAGCAGCUUGCCCUGGAGGAGAUGAGGCUGGCAGCAGAGGAGGCCCGGCAGAAGGAGAUGGGUGAGCUGGAGCAGGAGCAGGAGGAGUUCCUGAGCCAGCUCAGGGACAGGCUGGACAGGGAGAAGAAGAAGGCAGCAGAGGAGCUGGAGGAACAGAGUGCCAGGGAGCUCCAGCAGCUGAGGGCUGCAGCCGAGGAGAAGCACCGUGAGGUCAUUGCCAGCCUGCAGGCCCAGCUGGCAGAGGCACAGAGCAGCCAGGAGGCCCAGCUACGUGAGGAACUGCAGAGGGCAGACCAGAAAGUGCAGGAAAAAGCCCUAAAAGUGAAGGAAUACGAGCGUGAGCUCAGCGAGCUGAUGGGCGACAGACGGCGGGAGGUGGAGAAGGAGCACGAGAGGAGGAUGGAGAGGAUGAGAGAGGAGCACAGGGAGGCCCUGGAGCGGAUCCAGCAGCACUUCGAGGAGGAGGCAGAGGCACAGGGAGAAGGAAAGAAAGCUCCAAGAUUCAGAGAACGAGCUCGAGAUCCGCAUGAAGAACAUCCAGGCCAGAUCAGAGCAGCUCCAGAGCCAGGAGGAGUCCCUGCAGAGGAGGAGGCAGCUGCUGCUGGAUGAGGACGGACGGAUGCAGCUGGAGAGAGACGAGGCUGCUCUGGCCUCUCAGCUGCGCCUGGAGGAGAGCAGGAAGGAGCACUGCAGCCUGCUGGAGUCCCUGCGGCAGCUGCGCAGGACCCUGCAGGAGCUGCAGGACCAGAAGGCCGAGCUGGAGGCCCAGGUGGAUCUGCUGCAGAGCCGCAGCCAGAGGCUGCACAAACGCAUUGGAGAGCUGGAGGAAGCAAUCAGGAGCAAGCAGGAGGCUCUGAAAGAACUGGAGGCAGAAGAAAGUGUGGAAUCUCCAAGAAAGAAAGCUGAGCUCUGUGUUGAAGACCUGAGAGAAGCUCCUCAAGCUGAGGCAAAGGAGCUGGACAAGAUGAAGUCAGCCAUGCACAAAGGACAGGUGCUGCUGAAGAAGAAGGAGGAGAAGCUCAGCCAGCUGGAGUGCUCGCUGCUGGAGGAGCUCUCAGAUGAGGACACGCUGAAGAGCUCUGCGUGCAGGAAGGUGGUGACGUUUGAUCUGAGCUCCUCUGAGGACACAAACAGCACGGCCAGUGUGAACCUGGGCCAGCCCAGGUCUGACCUGAGGGUGGAUGUGUGGCCCGUGCUGCAGCAGGACAAGAUCCAGCACCUGAGGGACUCGGUGCAGAGCAUCACCAGCGAGCUCAGCGGGGUCCUGGGGCUCCUGGACUCCCUGAGCCAGCAGCAGCCCCCCCUGCUCACCUCCACGCCCCACCAGGGCAUCCCCCUCCCCAGCCACCCCUCCUUGGCCGGCCUGGGGGGCAGCAGCUCCCUGGGGAACCCCCCCAGGGUGUCCCCCCUGCACCAGUGGGGCCGGGGCAGCAGGGCCAGCUCCAGUUACCCCAUGCCAGGGCAGUCAGUGGACAGCAUGCUGGCAGAGAAAUGGCACAGGUAUUUCCCAGGUGGGUUCUCGUGGCUCGGUGGGACUCCUGUGCCCCUGGACACCAAGCUGGGCUAUGUCCCUGCAGAUGAACAAAUCAGGCUCUUCCAGCACUCCAAAUUCAGUGAGCCCGAGACAAGGAAUAUUGAGGGGAUGAUUGAGAGCAACAAGAAAUGGCUGAAAGGCUUCAAGAAGGAUUCCAAAGUAGCUCUCUCCCCACGGGCAGAGCAGCCCCCGGGCAGCAGCCCCAGCCUCCUGCAGCUGGGGCUGGAUGAGAACAGAGAGAUCAAGGUGUACCACUACUGACAGAAGCUGCGGAGCCGCUCGCCCGUCAGGCUGCCAAGGACGCUGCGCUGCAAGGAGCCCAUCUGUGAGGAGCCAUCUUCAAAGCCUUUCUCCUGACACAGCUGCUGGGGGAGGCUCUGGAGCUGCUGCCCCACAUCCCUGUGCUGUGAGAGCCCCUCGGCUGGGUGAGGGUGCCCUGCUGUGCUCCCUGCACACACCCUGAGCCUGGCACGGGCAUGUUUACAUGCAAAUACAAAUAUGGAAAUAUAUUUUUGAUGAACACCA